CUCAAGGAGAUGGAGGUGGGUUGGGUAUUAGUGGCGGUAUCAUGAUUCUGCCAUAUGCUUCCCGCGUAAACGAAGCGCCCAUAACAAUCCCAAAUCCAAAUUGGGUCUUCUCUCUUGAGCAGAUCAUGAACCCUAGCCGCCGAUGACUUGAUUGAGAUUCUUAAUUGUUUCCAUUUUGUUGCCCUAAUUCAGAAAUAUACAAUUUGUUCAUCGUGCUCAGAAUCUGAAUCUGGGACUGAGAAACAAUGGGCAGAAUCGUUGUAGCCGCUAUCGUGAGUUUGUGGGUGGUUCCGAUCUCCAUCCUCGUCAACCGCAUUGUUCCCGAUCCUUAUAUGGACGAGAUAUUUCACAUACCUCAAGCUCAGAAAUACUGCAGUGGGAACUUCAGAAGUUGGGAUCCCAUGAUUACAACUCCUCCUGGACUGUACUAUCUUUCACUCGCCCAUGUUGCUUCUCUGUUUCCAGCCACUAUCUUUACUCAAGCAGCACCAUCAUUUUCUGAAGCCUGUUCCGUUCGGAUUCUCCGUUCAACCAAUGGGAUUUUUGCAGUUUUGUGCAGUGUUCUUGUGUAUGAGAUAAUCUCCCAUUUAAGGCCAAAUCUUGAUGAUAAGAAGGCAACAACUUAUGCUGUGAUUUUGUCACUUUACCCACUCCAUUGGUUCUUCACUUUUCUUUAUUACACUGAUGUUGCAUCACUUACAGCAGUCCUUGCUAUGUACUUAGCAUGCUUGAAGAAGAAUUACUGGUCGAGUGCAUUGUUUGGUAUCUUUGCAGUUGUCAUUCGACAAACAAAUAUUAUAUGGAUGCUUUUUGUAGCAUGCUCUGCCGUUAUUGAUACUACUCUGACUUGCCACGAUGAUAAUAUACAAAUGCAUGAGAAUGAUGUAAUGGUGGAGGAAAGUAAUCCUUUGAAUGCUAAAGGAAGUCCCAUUUCUAGAGCAAACUUGCGAAAGAGAAAGUUUAUUACCACAAAAGAUGCUGGCAAACAAUUUCGACAUAGCACAAGAUCUUCAUUGAUAGACCAGAAAUCAGGUUUAUUGGAUGAGAUCAGAGCCCUGAUAUUGACCGUGUGGCAUAUGAAAUUUAAGCUUUUGGUUUCAUUUUGCCCCUUUGUAAUUGUGCUUAUGGCGUUUGUUGCUUUUGUUCGUUGGAACGGAAGUAUCGUUCUUGGUGCAAAGGAAGCUCAUGCAGUCUCUCUACAUUUUGCACAGAUUAUGUAUUUUGGUCUUUUUUCUGCUCUAGUUAUGGCUCCAAUGCACUGUAAUCCAAGUCAAGUCAUAGAUGUGUUUCACUCACUCUGGAAAGGCAGACCUCUAAGUUUCUUACAAGUUUUCAUUGCUCUUCUUGCUGGCUUCAUCUUCGUACACUAUUUCAGCAUCGCUCACCCGUAUCUUCUAGCUGACAAUCGGCAUUAUCCCUUCUACCUAUGGCGGAAAGUUAUCAACGCGCAUUGGUCGUCGAAGUAUCUUCUCGUUCCAGCAUAUAUUUAUUCAUGGUUUUCCAUCUUCAACAUAUUAGGGAAAUCCAAGAGGAAAAUAUGGGUACUCGCAUAUUUCUUAGCCACUGCUGCGGUUCUUGUUCCUGCUCCAUUAAUUGAAUUCAGAUACUUCACUACACCAUUUUUCUUCUUGAUACUCAAUUCUGAGUUGAAUGGUAGACUAAAUUGGCUUCUGAUUGCACUUGUUUACAUAGCUUUGGAUGCCUUCACAAUGAUCAUGUUCCUGUUUCGCCCAUUUCACUGGGAAAAUGAAACUGGAAAGCAGAGGUUCCUAUGGUAGUAGUAGAUUAAAUAGUUCAAAAUGGCAGGAGUAGUACUGACUUGUAGUGUUAUCAUUUCAUAAUUGUUACUGUUUGUUUUAUAAGAGAAUUAGAGUUUAAAUCUUAAGACAUUUCUCCUCCUCCUUCCUUU